UACUCUGGCCUCCAGUCCUAGGAGAAGGCGGUGCCCUGCCCCGGCCCUCUCCAGGCUUGGAGCGAGGCGGGCACCCGCGGAGAGUCCCGGCAGCCCCGCGCCAGGCGCGGCCAGGACUUCGGGCACUGCAGCCAGGGUCCCGCAGCAGAGAAUAAAUAUGGCAGAGCUUACUGAGACAGAAGGACCAGUAGAUUGGAAAGAACGAUGUGUGGCUCUGGAGUCCCAGCUCAUGAAAUUUAGAGUUCAAGCAAGCAAGAUAAGAGAGCUUUUAGCUGAGAAGAUGCAACAGCUUGAGAGACAAGUUAUUGAUGCUGAGCGUCAAGCAGAAAAAUCUUUCCAACAGGUACAAGUUAUGGAAGAGAAAUUAAAAGCAGCUAAUAUUCAAACCAGUGAAUCAGAGACAAGGUUGUAUAAAAAGUGUCAAGAUCUGGAGACCCUAAUACAGGAAAAAGAUGACAUUAUUCAAAACUUGGAAUUGCAACUUGAGGAACAGAAACAAAUAAGGAUACAAGAAGCUAAAAUAAUAGAAGAGAAAGCAGCUAAGAUCAAAGAAUGGGUAACACUUAAAUUAAAUGAGCUGGAAGUAGAGAAUCAGAAUCUUCGUUUGAUCAACCAAAGUCAAACUGAAGAGAUAAGAACAAUACAGUCAAAACUACAAGAAGUUCAGGGGAAGAAGUCAUCCAUUGUCUCUACACCAAAGUUCUCAGAAGGCCAGCGCCUAAGCAGUUUGACCUUUGGGUGCUUUUUGUCCCGAGCAAGGAGUCCUCCUCAAGUAGUAAAAUCUGUGGAAAUGAGCAAGAUAUCAUCUAAAGAACCUGACUUCGCUGAGGGAAAAGACAUAGAAGAAAUGGAAAUUCCAGAAAAGUCAGGCGAGAACCAAAUCCAGGAAAACAACCGGGGUCCGAGAACAUUGCAUCAAACCACUUGUGUCUCAGAACAGAAUCGGAAAACAAGAACAAGCUUUGCAACAGAUGGUGGCACGUCCCAGAAUUCUGGGGCUCCAGGGAGUGACUGGAGUUCGGACGAGGAAGGUGGGAGCAAAGGAAGAUCCAAGAGCAGGUACACGUCCACCCUUUCCAGUCACACGUCAGAGGAAGGCGUCCAGGGUAGCAGAAUGGGCAGCGAGGCGUAUCUGACAGCAUCCGAUGACAGCAGUUCCAUAUUUGAAGAAGAAACUUUUGGCAUAAAGAGACCGGAGCAUAAGAAGCUGUAUUCUUGGCAACAGGAGGCACAGUGGAAAGCUCAGAAUUGUCCCCUUGGAAAGGGAAAUUCUGAAUCAGAUAAAAAGGAGCACGAUAGUUCAUCGGAUGAACUGAAUAAAAAAUUUCAGUCUCAAAGACUGGAUUAUUCAUCUUCGUCCAGCGAGGCUAAUACACCAAGCCCUAUUUUGACCCCAGCUUUGACUCCAAAGCAUCCUAACUCACUUUCUGGAAAAGGAACACAAUUAGUGCCUUCAUCAAACCUGCCACCCCCGAAGUUAAGGAUUCCUAAUGUUUUCAGUAUAAGUGUGGCACUAGCCAAAAGGCACUUAAGCCAGCCACAGUUAAGUUCUGAUAGGAUGUUUGGUACAAACAGAAAUGCCAUCAGCAUGAUCCGGCCGCUCAGACCUCAGGAAACAGAUCUUGAUCUAGUUGAUGACGACGGUACAGAAAUUUUAGAGAAUAUGGACACUAGUUGUGAUGACGGAUUGUUUUCCUAUGACUCCCUGGAGUCCCCUUGCUCUGACGACCAGGAAAGCUGUGACUCAGCCAAGAAGCCGGCCUGCAGCAAACCACCAACUCCGCCCCUGCACCGGUUUCCCUCUUGGGAGAGCAGAAUUUAUGCUGUAGCCAAAUCAGGUAUUCGAAUGUCUGAGGCCUUCAAUAUGGAGAAUGUUAAUAAAAAUUCUGCCCCUCUGCUCUCCUAUACCACAUCAGGACUCUAUACCUCCCUGAUAUACAAGAAUAUGACAACCCCAGUGUAUACAACGUUGAAGGGGAAGGCAACCCAAAUAAGCAGCAGCCCGUUCCUGGAUGACUCCUCUGGGUCAGAGGAAGAAGAUAGUUCCAGAUCCAGCUCCCGGACUUCGGAGUCAGACACGCGCAAUCGAAGCGGGCCAGGCAGCCCCAGAGCAAUGAAACGAGGUGUGUCUCUUUCUUCUGUGGCUUCUGAAAGUGACUAUGCCAUUCCCCCAGAUGCUUACCCCACAGACACAGAAUACUCACAGCCAGAGCAGAAGCUUCCUAAAACUUGCUCAUCUUCCAGUGAUAACGGGAAAAAUGAACCCCUGGAAAAAUCUGGCUAUUUAUUAAAAAUGAGUGGUAAAGUCAAGACGUGGAAGAGGAGAUGGUUCGUUCUCAAAGGUGGUGAAUUACUUUACUAUAAAUCUCCGAGUGACGUAAUUAGAAAACCCCAGGGCCAUAUUGAACUUAGCGCAACCUGCAGUAUUUUAAGAGGAGAUAACAAACAAACAGUUCAGCUGACCACUGAAAAACACACCUACUAUCUGACUGCAGAUUCUCCCAAUAUAUUGGAAGAAUGGAUUAAAGUAUUGCAGAAUGUUCUCCGAGUACAAGCUGCCGACCCACAUUUUCUGCAGCCUGAGGGCAAACCCACGGUGAAGGGAUUGCUCACCAAGGUAAAGCAUGGCUACUCCAAGAGAGUCUGGUGUACGCUUAUAGGAAAAACAUUGUAUUAUUUUCGUAGCCAAGAAGAUAAGUUUCCUUUAGGUCAGAUCAAACUCUGGGAAGCUAAAGUUGAAGAGGUUGACAGAUCCUGUGAUUCAGAUGAAGAUUAUGAAGCCAGUGGGCGAAGUCUAUUAUCCACACAUUACACCAUCGUGAUCCAUCCCAAAGACCAAGGUCCGACUUACCUCCUAAUUGGAUCCAAGCAUGAAAAGGACACUUGGCUUUAUCAUUUGACUGUUGCGGCAGGAAGUAACAAUGUAAAUGUUGGAUCUGAAUUUGAACAGCUGGUUUGCAAACUGCUCAAUAUCGAAGGAGAACCUUCCUCUCAGAUAUGGAGACACCCUACUUUGUGUCACAGCAAAGAAGGAAUCAUUUUCCCACUGACAACACUACCCUCUGAAGCUCUACAGACAGAAGCUAUUAAAUUAUUUAAGACAUGCCAGCUCUUUAUAAAUGCAGCAGUUGACUCCCCUGCGAUUGAUUACCAUAUAUCUCUAGCCCAGAGUGCUUUGCAAAUCUGUCUGACACAUCCUGAGCUACAGAAUGAAAUUUGCUGUCAGCUCAUUAAACAGACAAGACGGAGACAGCCACAGAAUCAACCAGGACCGCUGCAGGGCUGGCAGCUCUUGGCUCUCUGUGUUGGGCUCUUCCUUCCCCAUCAUCCUUUCCUGUGGCUCCUCAGGCUCCACCUAAAGAGGAAUGCAGAUUCCAGGACAGAAUUUGGAAAAUAUGCCAUUUACUGCCAACGGUGCGUAGAAAGAACACAACAAAAUGGAGACAGAGAAGCAAGACCCUCAAGGAUGGAAAUCCUUUCAACCCUUCUUCGAAACCCUUAUCAUCAUUCUUUGCCGUUCAGUAUCCCCGUGCACUUCAUGAAUGGGAUCUAUCAGGUAGUUGGAUUUGAUGCGUCCACCACAGUGGAAGAGUUUUUGAAUACUUUGAACCAGGAUACAGGCAUGAGAAAGCCAACACAGUCUGGCUUUGCAUUAUUCACAGAUGAUCCUUCUGGCAGGGAUUUAGAGCAUUGUCUUCAAGGAAACGUUAAGAUUUGUGACAUUAUUUCUAAGUGGGAACAGGCUUCCAAAGAACAGCAGCCUGGGAAAUGGGAAGGUACGAGAACUGUUCGUCUGACUUAUAAAAACAGACUGUAUUUCUCAAUGCAAGCUCGCGGAGAGACUGAUAGAGAAAAGUUGCUGUUAAUGUAUCAGACAAAUGAUCAAAUAAUAAACGGACUUUUUCCUCUGAACAAGGACCUGGCAUUAGAAAUGGCAGCUCUUUUAGCUCAGGUGGAGAUUGGAGAUUUUGAAAGACCCUUUUCAACUCCAGCAGGGCAUGUUCCUAAUCAGUGCAAAGCAAAUCAAACUCUAAAACAAGUCAUAGAAAAAUUUUAUCCUAAAAGGUAUAGAGAUGACUCCUCUGAAGAACAGUUAAGGCAGCUCUGCCAGCGACUGUCAACCAGAUGGAUGGCCCUCCGGGGACACAGUGCUGCUGAUUGUGUGCGCAUUUAUUUGACAGUAGCCAGGAAGUGGCCAUUCUUUGGUGCCAAGUUAUUUCUUGCAAAACCCAUAACUCCAUCACCACUCGGAAGUACUGUCAUGUGGCUGGCUAUCCACGAGGAUGGCUUAAGCGUCUUAGAAUACAAUUCCAUGAGGUUAAUAAUCAGCUAUGUGUACAAGAGUCUAAUGACCUUUGGAGGUCAUCAAGAUGAUUUUAUGAUAGUCAUUAACAAUACACAUUCAAAGGACAAACCAACAGAGAAAUUACUUUUUGCCAUGGCAAAACCCAAGAUUCUUGAAAUCACUCUUUUGAUCGCCAGUUACAUAAACAACUUCCAUCAGCAAAAGGCAGCCUUUCACCACCACCUCUCUGCUCCGGCUCUGCUCUCAGCCCAGACCCGGGGGCCGGAAGCCAGGGCAGCGGGAGGCCAGCCCCUGCUGUCAAGCAGCAGACCCACCAAAGGCCCCACUCUGCUGUGAAAGCUCGGGAGCCUGAACCCUCACUCCCAUCCUCCAGCCAAUGGCUGCGUCAGCUGCAGAUAAGUGCGCUGACACACUGGCAGUGUUGCGCCCACACUGGUUUUCCAAACUUCAAAAAUGUGGGCGUUUCUCUCUUUCAUUUGAUCCUUAAAUAUUCAAAUGAACACGACUAAUGAACCAUGAGCACAAAAUUCGCCCACGUGCUGAUAUUCUCCUAGAUUAAAUGGGUUAGAAUUCAUCAUUUUUCCACCUCCUUUGUCCCUUGCCAUCAGACACAUCAUGCAGUGUGGCAUUGUUUUGUCUCUUGAAAAAAAUAUUCUGGCAAAGGGAGCUGCCAAACUCCCGUUUGGCAAACCAGUUAAUUAUUUGGAAGCGCUCACUGCCAAAAAAUUAAGUGCUGUGAUUCAGUGUGCUUUUAAUGAACGAUAUGGUGUUCGGAAGGACAUGUACAGUGUCAGCAACAGCCGCAGGGUGCUGUUUAGUGGCGCAGUUUUAGAGCCGGCACAGUGCUUGUGGCACCAGGAAUCACCGUGAGUAAACAAGAGUUAGGUAACCAGAGCCUCCUGUGUGGUAUUAGAAAGUGCAGCCUGUCACCUUUUCGGAUCACUGGAGUGUACAGUUUAAAACGAGACAGUGACUCCUCACAUUCCUUGGCUAUUACUGGAUGGCCCGAGUUCACUGGAGUAUUGCCCACAUUUCCUUGCAUUUGGUGCUGGGUCAUCUUGACCUCAUUUUGUUAAAUAACAUCUUUGAAAACAAACAGAUGCUUAAAACUUUGCCCUCGUAUAGUCAUUUUUAAUUAUGGUUUUAGUAUAAAUGUCCCCAAAGUAUAUUUUAAAAGAAAAGAGAAAGAAUUCUUCUGUCAAAGGAGGUAAACUUUUAGUUGAGAGAGUCUAGAAAUGUGUUACUUUGCUGGAAUACAUGAGUGGUCAGUUCGUUCCAGUAUGUGCCAAAACAAAGUAAUUAGUAUUCAUGAUAAAAAUGAAACUGUGAUAAGACAUGAAAAUUAUAUUAUAAAACUGUUUAAUUGCAAUAGUAAUCAUGAGUAUACUUAAUUUUAUUUAUGUGGAGAAUAUUUGUAUUUAUUUUUUGGACAUGUAUUUAUCACUUUGUGUGUGGUAUUUGUUUUUUUUUAACCAAUUUGAAAAAAAAAAUGUUAGCUGCUGAUUUAAUUUGUUGGCAGAGCCUUCAUAGUUUCCUCUUUGCUGCUUUCUCCCUAUGGCAAUAUACUGUUGUCACACUAAGACUUUUAUAAAAAUAUUUCCAUCUUGUAUUAGCGUCCUUCGAAAGGGCAGAGCCAAGAAAUACACUGCUCAGCUAAGAUUUUUGCUUUAUUGGGAAUGACAAAAAGAAGGUCAAAAAACCCCAUAGAAAUAGAUUUCCAUUUACUAUUUCCCCGAAUCUUUUGAGCCACAGCCACUCUCUGCAUAAGCAAGUUGAUUUUUGAGAAUAAACGAGUUACCAAUUUGCGAUGAUUCUCAGGAGUCUUUUGGCUGGCAUCCAAUAGAGUUUCUUAGUUCCCAGGAAACUGUUCAGUAAUCACUAGUUGGUGAGCCAGAGGCUUGGCAGAGCUUACAUCUGUGUGAGGACUUUAUUCCCAGGCAAUAGUUACUUCACCAUCGGGUAAGCACACCCCACUCCAAAUCUUCUCAUUUGAACAAGUAGUGAAGGCUUAGCUUAAAUGGUGGCAUUUAUUUUUGAUAGAACAGAGAUAAAAUAUUUUGAUGGAAAGAAAUCAAUUUUCUGUAACUGAUGAUGUGAAAAUUUUAUUUUCUGGGAAAUUACUUAUAUAGCCAUUUAAAAAAUUCAAAGUAUGUUAUUAUGAUUGGUUACAAGAGAAUAACGUUACAUGUUUAAUUGUCAUAUUUGUCUCCUAUCAUUUUCUUCCCUUUCAAUCAUAAUAAAUGAUUUACAAAACCCA